AUGGAAAACGUGGGCCGCCCCGUCCAAUAUCGUUCCCGGCGACGCAAACCAGGACCCGGCCGCAGCUCAGCCCGUCGAGUCCCGGGGCCCCGUCCACUAACGGCCCUUUUCCGACGGGCACACAUACCGCCACCACGCGUCCACCACGGACUUGAACGCCGGGCUCUCGGCCUCCGGCCCGACCGCCGCUUCCCCCCAGAAGUAAGGGUGCACAAGCAAGAUCCCGGCGAUUUCCAUGCCCGGGCCCUCCGGCCCGGCUCGCAUCGCCAUGUGGUGGCAGAUGUUGGCCCCGGCGCUGUCACCGGCGAGGAAGACCCGGCCCAGGUCGGCCGAGUCCCGGAUCCAGUCGUCGGCCCGGAUCGCGACCCACCGGAGGGCGGCCCAGGAGUCGUCGUAGGCCGCCGGGAGGGGGGACUCCGGGGCGCGGCGGUAGUCGACGGAGACGAGGAGGACGCGGGCCUCCCGGACGAAGGCGUUGAGCAUGUGGUGGUAGACGGGGUCGGCGGCGGAGGAGAUGCAGAAGGCGCCGCCGUGGAAGUAGACGACGAGGGGGAGGCGGCCGGGGAGGGGGCCGGCGGGGCGGUAGAGGCGGGCCCAGACGCCGGAAUCCGGCGAGAGGACGACGUCCUUGGAGGAGACGCCGGUGGCGGGGUCGGGGUCUGCCGGAGGAGUAGUCUCGGUGCCGAGGAGGCGCUGGACGGUGCCGUCGUCGUAAGCGCGCAGCUGGUCCAUUCAGUUGUUGGGUUGUCCUAA